GCCCGGCAAAGUAAUUUCUUGAGGACAAGUUUAGCCUUCAAUAGGCUUCAUAUUUUCGAUUGGAAGUGUUGCUUUCCCCCAAAACAUUUCACCUCCUUCUCUCGUGGACUUCGAGUUUCUGAUUCUUGAGAGCUUUGCAUCGUGGAUUCCGAUGGAUCGAACUCAGAUAGUUCUUUUAGGUCUGCCGAUCUUUCUGCUUUUUACUGAUAUUGUGAAUCUUUUCACGCCUCCGCCUCCUAAACCUGUCAAUCAUCCUCCACCUCGAGUUCACUACCAGCCUAAAUCUCAACCAGUCAUCCAGGAACCGCUUGAAUUUCCUACGGAGAAACGGAGUGGAAUCGGAGGAAUUGGCCAGGGCAGCGUUAUUAAUAUCAAUUUCUGUGUUUCUUGUUCUUUCAGAGGUACUGCGAUAAACAUGAAAAAUAUGCUGGAGUCGUCGUUUCCUGGAGUUGAAGUUAUUUUGGCAAAUUACCCCCCGCCACUCCCAAAGCGUCUUCUUAGUAAAGUAGUACCCGUCGUUCAGUUUGGGGUUAUUGGAAUAAUAACGGCAGGGGAACACAUUUUUCCUAGGUUGGGGAUGGCACCGCCACCUUGGUACUAUUCAUUGCGUGCAAAUAGGUUUGGAAGCAUUGCAAGCACUUGGCUAUUUGGAAAUUUUAUCCAGUCAUUCUUACAAAGUUCUGGAGCCUUCGAAGUAUAUUGCAACGGUGAAAUGGUAUUUUCUAAGUUGAAGGAGCAGAGAUUUCCUGGUGAGAUUGAGUUGAGAGAUCUUAUUGGAAGGAAACUUUCUGGGUUGAGAUUUGUUGACAACGCCGGAGGAGUUUGGUCAUAGGUAUGUGACUUCUUGUGAUCAUUACCAUUUAAUCCAACUUUAUAAUAGCUUAGGGAGGAGCUUGUCUUUGAUAGAGAUUCAGUUUCAAUGUCUAUUCGUUAUAUACUAAACAUUACUCCCUGUUCCCCAUUACCUUUGUUACGGAAUCAAAACUUUUAAAACUUCAAAUUCAUCCCACUCUAAAAGAAAGUCCAAAUUCAUCUGUUGAUUUCA